AUGGAUUUGAUUCACAAGGUCCUGAACAUUGUACUUCCUCCUAUAGCAUUGAUUCUGCUACUUCUCUUCUUGCCGUAUUUUCUUGUUUCCAAGUUUAUAAGUCGCAUAAAAAGAUCAAUAAAUAGCGAAAAGGUGGCAGGAAAAGUAGUUCUAAUCACCGGUGCAUCUUCAGGCAUUGGCGAGUAUCUUGCAUACGAGUAUGCUAGGAGAGGAGCCUGUUUAGCCCUCUCUGCUAGAAGAGAGGGGCGUCUUCGAGCAGUAGCUGAUAAGGCCCGGGAGCUGGGGUCACCGGAUGUUAUAGUCAUCGCCACUGACAUUUCGAAGGUUGAAGACUGUGAGCGGUUUGUUAAUGAGGCAAUGAAUCAUUUUGGCAAGUUGGAUCAUCUGGUGAACAAUGCUGGUGUUGCUCAAAUUGACAUGUUUGAGGAUUGCAAGGAAAUAUCAGAUUUUGCAACAAUUAUGAACACAAAUUUCUGGGGUUCCGUAUACGCCUCCCAUUUCGCUAUUCCACACCUAAGAAAAAGUAAAGGGAGGAUUGUAGGGAUUUCUUCAAUUGCUGGAUGGUGCUCAGUGCCAAGGAUGAGCUUCUAUUGCGCAAGCAAAGCAGCCAUAACAAGUUUUUAUGAGACACUACGUGCUGAAUGUGGUUCGGAUAUUAGAAUAACAAUCGUCACUCCUGGUGUAGUCGAGUCAGAAAUGACCCGAGGCGAUUUUUUAUCAAAGUCGACCGAAAGGUGUGCUAAGGCAAUCGUGGACAGUGCUUGUCGAGGAGACAGGUACUUGGUAGAGCCGUCUUGGGCAAGGAUUACGUUUCUGAUGAAAGUCCUUUGCCCUGAAGUGCUGGAGUGGUGGUUCCACAGGAUAUUGGUUGCUGAGAGUUCAAAGAAGAGUAACUAG